UAUGGUAAGUAUUGCAUCAGGUAUUAUUAUUGAUACUUUUGGAUAAUUAAGAGAAGAUGAAAAUAGAAUGAAUAGUGAUAUAAAAGAUAAGUGUUUUAUUUGUGGUUAAGAGAAGUAAUUAAUAUAAUAUAUAAAUAAUUUAGUAUAAUUUUUGAAAGAAGUUCUGAUGGUUCAUCUGGUGGAUUUAAGAAUCAUAUAAGACAGAAUCAUUAUAUGUGGAAUUAUUUAUAUUGUAUAUAUAAAUUAAUAAAUUAUUAAUAGAUAUUGCAUAUUUAUAAUGGAAAGAUCCAUAAGACUAUUCAGGUAUAGAAUCAUAUGUGGAUAAAAAAAUAAAAGAUACUGAUUUGAGUUGGAUUCCUUUUGGAAGAGCAAGAGAAUUAUAAAAAGGAGAGGAUGAAUAAGAAAAAUAAGCUAAAUAGAUGGAAUAAUCCUCUAGUAAUAUUGUAUCAUUAUUGACAUAUUCAAAUGAUAUAAUUUAAGCACUAAAAGAAAAGAAAGAAAAAAGAAAACAACAUUUCACAUAAUAAACUCAACCAACACAAUUUAAGGAGUAAAUUGUAUCCCACUAAUCAAUGGCUUUAAUAUGA